AUGGAAGAGCAGCAUCAAGGCAACCCAAUGGAGGAUACGGAACAUGCGUCCAGUAGGACGGAUGAUCAAUCAGUGAACAUGGCGGGUGAAGAAGCGCAAGCUGAGGCAACUCCCCCCAGUGGCAAAAAUGACCAGAAGGGAGAACAUAAGAGGAAGAGGAAACCUGCGGUGGAAGGCAAAGCAGCGACGAAACCGUUAGGCGAAGAGAACCAACUAAGUUUAUACGCACAGAUAAAGAAAGCCAAAACGAAAGUGCCUAGUAACGAGGGGAAGGAAGGGGGGGCAAGUGCUGACGCGGUUUCCUCAAGUAGCGAAGAGGAUGAGGUGGAGGAUGAUGUAAUUGAGGAGGAGAAGGACGAUCAUCUGGUGGGCCAACCGACCAGGGAAGAGGGGGAAAAAAAAAAGAAAAAAAAAGAAAAAAAAGAAAAAAAAGAAAAAAAAGAAAAAAAAAAAAAGCACAAGCAAAAGCAGGAGAAGCAUUCAGAAGUGUUGUCAGAUGGACACUCGACUGCACCCGCGCCAACGGACGAGGUCAAUCCAUCCGAUUACGAAAGACUCCUUGCGUCGGAAAAAAACAACAGUGCCAUCUGGGUAAGCUACAUAGCUUAUCACCUGCAAAAGGGUAGUCUGGAAGAAGCCAGGAAAACAGCAGAAAGAGCCCUAAAAACGAUAGAUAUACACAAAGUAGAGGAAAAGAAAAACAUCUUCUUCUGUUACAUAAAUAUGGAAUGCACAUAUGGAGACAAAUUAAGAGAAGUGUUCAAGAGAGCUCUCCUCUGUUGUAAUGAAAAGAAAGUGUACAUGCACACAAUGAAUGUGCUAAAGGUAAAUAAAAAAUAUAACCAAUUGAAACAAUUAAGUGAAGAAGCGAUAAAGAAAUUCCACUACUCCAAAAAGAUCUGGUCGCAUUAUUUAGAAAUUAUACACAGCACGUUUAAUGAUGAAGCAUAUGCACACGAAAUUCUAUUGAAGUCUCUACAUUGCCUCCCGAAAAGAAAACAUCUACGUAUGGUAAUAAAUGCAGCAAGGUUUGAAUAUAAGUAUGCGAAUAAAGAAAGAGGGAAAAGUUAUUUUGAAAAAUUAAUCCAAGAAUAUCCGAAGAGGUCAGAUGUUUGGUUUACAUACCUUGACAUCCACAUCAAUUCUUUAACCAAAGGUGAAACAAAAGGAGAAAAAAAAAAAAAAUUAAAUUUAAAUCAACUUCAGUUUGUUAGGAAUAUAUUUGAAAGAUUUUCUUCCUGUAAGUUUAAGACAAGAGUUAUGAAAAUGAUUUUCACAAAAUGGCUCUUAUUUGAGAAGAACCAUGGCAACGUUACUAGCCAGAAGAUGGUUCAGAAGAAGGCCUAUGAUUACGUCGAGAGUUUGAAUGCACUUGCUUGA